CUCUGCGGCAUCCGCAGCCUCAUUUACAGGAGCCUGGGCUGGAGCCACAGCUGUUCCUGAUCUGAUGCUGAGCUGUUGCAGUGGUUGCCACCGCUAACUCGCUGCGCACAGAGCUGUCACCAUGCCCCACUCGUACCCAGCCCUUUCUGCUGAGCAGAAAAAGGAGUUGUCUGACAUUGCCCUCCGGAUUGUGGCCCCAGGCAAAGGCAUUCUGGCUGCAGAUGAGUCUGUAGGCAGCAUGGCCAAGCGGCUGAGCCAAAUCGGGGUGGAGAACACAGAGGAGAACCGCCGCUUGUACCGCCAGGUCUUGUUCAGUGCCGAUGACCGUGUGAAGAAGUGCAUUGGAGGUGUCAUCUUCUUCCAUGAGACACUCUACCAGAAAGAUGAUAAUGGUGUUCCCUUCGUCCGUACCAUCCAGGAUAAGGGCAUUGUCGUGGGCAUCAAGGUUGACAAGGGUGUAGUGCCUCUAGCUGGGACUGAUGGAGAAACCACCACUCAAGGGCUGGAUGGGCUCUCAGAACGCUGUGCCCAGUACAAGAAGGAUGGCGCUGACUUUGCCAAGUGGCGCUGCGUGCUGAAAAUCAGCGAACGCACACCCUCAGCACUUGCCAUUCUGGAGAAUGCCAACGUGCUGGCCCGCUAUGCCAGCAUCUGCCAGCAGAAUGGCAUUGUGCCUAUUGUGGAACCAGAAAUCCUGCCUGAUGGAGAUCAUGACCUCAAACGUUGCCAGUAUGUCACGGAGAAGGUCCUGGCUGCUGUGUACAAGGCCCUGAGUGACCAUCACGUGUACCUGGAGGGGACCCUGCUCAAGCCCAACAUGGUGACCCCUGGCCAUGCCUGUCCCAUUAAGUAUAGCCCAGAGGAGAUUGCCAUGGCAACUGUGACUGCCCUGCGUCGCUCUGUGCCUCCAGCUGUCCCAGGAGUGACCUUCCUGUCUGGGGGUCAGAGUGAAGAGGAGGCAUCUCUCAACCUCAAUGCUAUCAACCGCUGCCCCCUUCCCCGGCCCUGGGCCCUCACCUUCUCUUAUGGGCGUGCCCUGCAGGCCUCUGCACUCAAUGCAUGGCGAGGGCAACAGGACAAUGCUGGGGCCGCCACUGAGGAGUUCAUCAAGCGGGCCGAGGUGAAUGGACUUGCGGCCCAGGGCAAGUAUGAAGGCAGCGGAGAAGAUGGUGGAGCGGCAGCACAGUCCCUCUACGUUGCCAACCAUGCCUACUGAGUACCUACUCCAUACCACAGCACUUGGCCCGGUCACCUGCACCCAGUUUUGCCUGUAGUUAGGACCAGGGCCAAAUAGCCAUGCAGAGCAGAGAUACCUCCAUUCAGCACUGAGUCAUCUUCCUUUUUUCUCCUUCCCUCUCCUCUCCCAUUGCUGCACCUGGGACCAUUGGAUGGGAGGAUAGGGAGCCCCUCAUGACUGAGGGCAGAAGAACUUGCUAGAAGUCAGAGCAGGAUGCCUGGGUCUUUCCCUGUCUCUGUCAGCCCCCACAAUUUCCCGAUGAUGGGAUAGCUUCUCCUUGGGCUCUCCUUGCCUGCCCUCUCUCCUGGGAUCAGAGGGUAGGACACCAGACCUGGCUCAUGCGUUGGGUACAUAGCACAUAGCAAAUAAAUGGUAGCAAAACAUG